AUGAGUCUGUCAACAGAGCGAGUCAUCAAAUCAACACCAUUAACAGAGGCUAAGUCUGAAGCGGACUACUUCAAGAAUGCAGUCCUCGAUGCGAUUAUUCCAUUGAACACAACUGCACAACUCGCAGAGCUGUUACAAGAUGACGAAGAGGGCCUUGACGAUGCGUCCACUCGGCUUCUUCCCGUCAAGGAGCGGGACUUUCUACUUUUCGCAGAUGAGAAACUAAGAGCUUUGGCGGUGUUGCAACUACCAUAUUGUGAUGAGGAUUCGCUGAAAGGAUAUCUCUCACGCUUGAAUCUGAAGAUUGAUGUAUGGGCCUUCGAUGACUCCCCUAGUGUGGAUCCGAGCACACCAUUAGCAUCUCCAGCCAGAGAACUUGUCACCACUGUGGAUGCGAUUCAGAAAACGGAACCCGUUGUGCUUGCCAGUCAAUCACCAGAGCUUGGCCAGAUCUUAACCCUUGUAUGGGCUGUAGAGAUACUGCUGGCCAGGCCAAGAGCUCGAGUUUCUCAUCCCGUCGUCGUCUUGAAUCCAUCGGCGACAGUAAGCUCUGCGACUCAGGAGGAUGAUGGUCAGCCUCAAGAUCUUUCCCCAGGACAACCAUUGGAGACCAAUGUUCUCGAGCCCAUGCGAUUUAUUCCCGGGUUGCAGAAUAACCCUCCAUACUUGGCUGCCUCACGGCUUCAGCGCGUACUCCCUAUCCCGACGUCGCAACGACACCGCUUUCACAUUGGACAUGUUCCCCCGCGACGGCAUAAGGCCGUACCUGCCACCAUUGCUCGGUUACGAUAUAAUAAAUUUCAUACGAAUUCUCCGUCGCCUACCAACGUCGGUCUGUUAGACAUGGAGAUAAUUCCAUUCGUGCAAAUUGAGGCGACAAUCGAGCAGGUUGAUCUUGCCUUGACCAAUGGCGAAGUUGAACCAUUAAUGCCUAGUUUCCUUCCGAUGCAAUGCCAGUCUGGGGAUUGUAUAACAUUCAUGUACAAACUUCAUCAGGCAUCCAACGUUGGUUCAAAUUCGGCGCUUGGCGUGAUGAAUCCAAACAUUGAUGUUCUACUUGUCAAGAUCUUACUAUAUGUACACAUCUCCGCCAAAUGUCGUCCCGUGGUCAUGAUGGAGUGGACCACGCACGUCGACUUCACCCAGGCCCUAAAUCCAUCAUACGGCCCACCAUCACAACCAAUCCAAAGGCCAAAUCGACCAACCAGUCUGCCCGUUAGCAACGGCAACGGGUCCUCUGCAGCCGUGACAUCGAUAGUCACGAGCUUACAACCCGUAUACGAUACGAUACCACACAGUGGGCUUUCCAUCUCAUUCAGCGCAUCCAAUGAGCCCGUCGAAAUAGGUAAACCAUUCACGUGGAAGAUCUUGGUUGUCAACCAGUCAUCCAAAAUAGCACGCAUAGCCAUCAUCCCACUCCCGCGGAUCCAGAGACAAACGACACAAGCACAAAGUUUCGCCAAGCGACACGCCCCGAAAUCGUCCACUGCAUCCUUCCACCCAAGUGAACGCAGACACACGAAGAAUGGGGAGGAUGCCGACAUGGGCCAGGCCAUCGUGGAGGAGAACGUAUUGUAUGCAAUGCAGCAUUCUGGCGGUGUGCCACCUGAGACGGACUUGCUCGCGUUGACGGCCGAGCUGAGGAUCGGGCCUCUGGCACCUGACCAGUGCUAUGAGAGCGAGAUUCAGAUGAUUGCAUUUCAGGUCGGCACCCUCCAAGUCGACGUCAUGCGAGUUGUUGAUCUCGUCAAGGAGGCUGGAGACGGGGUCGGCGCUCCAGGUGUGGUUGCCGACAUUCGAGAUCUUCCAGAUGUGGUUGUGGUCGAAGCCGGCCAGUAA